CACUCGGACCUUCUCGCGCUCAUUGGCUGCCGGUUGCCUAGUAAAGGAAAAGUAUCCGCUCUGACUUCCUGCGUCUCAACGUCUCGCCGCUGGCAUGACGUCACAACCCGGCCCGUCGUCGCGAGCCUCCUGAAGAUGGACCAGUACCAGUUCAUCCGGGUGGUCGGGAAGGGGAGCUACGGGGAGGUGGACUUAGUGAAGCACUGCGCGGACCGGAAGCAGUACGUGGUGAAGAAGCUGAACCUCAGCACCUCCUCCAAGAGGGAGCGGCGAGCGGCGGAGCAGGAGGCGCAGCUGCUGUCGCAACUCCGUCACCCCAACAUCGUGACGUACCGGGAGUCGUGGGAGGGAGACGGCGGCCAGCUGUACAUCGUCAUGGCCUUCUGCGAGGGCGGAGACCUCUACCACCGCCUCAAGAGGCAGCAGGGGGAGCUGCUACCUGAGAGGCAGGUGGUGGAGUGGUUCGUCCAGAUCGCCAUGGCGCUGCAGUACCUGCAUGAGAGGAACAUCCUCCACCGGGACCUGAAGACUCAGAACAUCUUCCUGACGCGCAGCAGCAUCAUCAAGCUGGGCGACCUGGGCAUCGCCCGCGUGCUGCGUCACCAUGACGACAUGGCCAGCACGCUCAUCGGCACGCCGUACUACAUGAGCCCCGAGCUGCUGAGCAGCCGGCCCUACAACCACAAGUCCGACGUGUGGGCUCUGGGCUGCUGCGUGUACGAGAUGUCGACCUUGAGGCACGCCUUCAACGCCAAGGACAUGAACUCCCUGGUGUACCGCAUCGUGGAGGGCAAGCUCCCGCAGAUGCCCGGCAGCUACGACCCCCAGCUGGGGGAGCUGGUCCGCCGCAUGCUGAGCAGGAGGCCCGAGGAGCGGCCCGACGUGAAGCUCCUCCUCCGGCAGCCGUUCAUCAAGAAGCAGAUCGCCCGCUUCCUGGAGGCCACGCGAGAAAAAACUGCCAAGUCAAGAAAGCAAGCAGGAGGAGGAGGAGGAGGAGCAGGAGCAGGAGCAGGAGGAGCCAGCAGCAGACCUUCUGGGUCGUCUCACCGGCCGGAGCCCUCAGCCAGAGGGAGACGGAAAGAAGAGACGGAUCCAGUCCCACCCCCCCCAGCCGAGGCUCUGGGAGCCAGCCUCGCGUCCCUGGCGACGAUCAGCAGCGUUCAGGUCCAGCUGCAGGAGGAGGACCUGCAGGAGGAGGACCUGAAGGAGGACCUGCAGGAGGAGGACCUGAAGGAGGACCCCCAGGCCGCCGAGUCCCCCCACCAAACGGGACCUGAACCUCACAGCGUGGACAAAGACCGCCGGGCCAGAGGGAAACCAGACCCCCCUCUGAAGGGGUCAGGUGUUGGCCGCUGGGGAGCCGACGAGAGGAGAGCCUCCAACGGCGUGGCAGACCUCCGCCCACAGGCCACGCCCCCUGGGGACGCAGGUCCUGGGGGGCGGAGCCAGACGUCAGCGGGAGAUACAGGCGACACCCUGGAGCUGCUCAGAGAGGCCGGCGGGCUGGAGGCGGAGGAGAGGACAUCCAACAGGUCCCCCAGAGACCACAUGGACGAGAGCGGGGACACCGUCACCCUCCUCAAGGGCCCCACCCUCCUCAAGGGCCCCACCCAACGCCACACCUCCGGCCUCCAAGAGAGCCUGGAGUCCACCGAGAGGCUGCUGGAGCCGUUCCCCCCACUGGAGCCGGUUCCAGAGGAGCCUCUCAGUGGUCCGGGUCGUGGUCCGGGUCCGGCCGGUCGGCACCAGACUCCUCCCUCCUCCUCCCGGCAGCGGGGGAGGAGCAGCACUCCGUCCCACGGGGAGCAGAGCCGGGUCAACACCACCAACUCAAAUGCCGCUGCUCCUCGGCCUCUACCUCCACCUCCUGUGGAGAGCGCGGCCGCCAGGAGGAGGAGGAGGAGCACGGAGGGCCAGGAGGCCGGUGCAGCUGCCACCUCCUCCACCUCGGUGAGGUGCUCUGGGGAAGGAGUUCUGCAGCAGGACCGGCCGCUGUCUGCCAGAGAGAGGAGGAGGCUGAGGCAGUCAGUGGAGGUCUCAAGCCAGACAGGCGUCGGGGGGAUGAGGAGGUCUUCCUGUGACGCCUCCUCCUCCAGAGAGGAGCUCGCGGCUCCGGCCUCAGGCUCCGCCUCCGGCCCUGGGAGCAGCUGCCAGCAGGACCGGGACCGGUUGCCGGAGCAACGGUCCGAUGAAGACGAGCACAGCUCGUCCACGAGCUCCACCGAGCGUUCGGAGGGCGACUGCAGCGCACGGAAGGCCGAGUCCAGCGACAUGCAGGACCUCGUCCUCAUGAUGACCCAGACCCUGGCGCUGGAGCCCGGGGGCGGCGGCGAGGCGGACUUCGGCUCCACGGCGUUACCAGAGUUCAAACUGAACAGGAAGUACAGAGACACGCUGGUGCUCCACGGGAAGGCCCGGCAGGAGGAGGAGGAGGAGGAGUCUCUGGGCUCCACCUCCGGUCCGGCCAAGAUCCGGAGGGCCAUCGAACGCCUGAGGACCGAUGUGGUGAAGGGUCUGGGGGUCAAGCUGCUGGACCGGGUCCUGGAGACCAUGGAGGUGGAGGACGACGCCCAACGAGAGCGGCUCCUCCGCGACCUGAUGGGCGGCGAGCGGUACGGGGCGUACGGCGUGAUGGUGCGGCAGCUCAAGUUCUUCGAGGACAUCGCCGUCAACGCCUCGUGAGCGGCGCCACGGGAAGUCACGCCGCCUUCACCGCGAGGAGGAGGAGGAUUUCUCCUCGUUCUUCAAACACGUGUCAUUCCUGUAACUUUCAGGGUUUGUGCGUCGAUGUGGAAACGCUCCUCUACUUCCUACUUAACUGGAGACUUGAGAUUAUUCAGGAGCUGAGGAUCAGAUCUCUGCUGUUUGUGUUGAUUACAAUGUGACGUCGAUGGAUUGUAGAUAUUAAUCUCAUUUUCUUUAGUUUACACCUAUUUUCCAUUAUGUUGAAGAAUAAACAAUUAAAUAGUUUCAUUGAGCAAAAAUAAAUAAAAUGCACUAAAUGAAAAACUGCUUCUUUGUACUUAAUAAAAAACAACAAUUCUAAAUAAAAAUGAAA